AUGCAGCUCAAGCCAAUUGUCGUGUGCGGGCUGCUUUCCGCGGCGUCCCUUGCUGCGGGCCAGACAAUCGGCUCAUUGUUCAAAGUCAAUCUCGAUAACGAUGAAGCAGGUGGCUGUAGCGAAAGAUCGACAUUGCUCGCGCAGUAUUUGCAAGAAAGCAAAGACCUAGCUACCGCCGGAUUGCAGGCCAUCACGCAUGCGCAGGAUUCCUCUGCUGCCCAGCACGAUGUCGCCAAGCGAUACCUCCGGGCGUACUUUGGUGUUGGAGAGAAUGAUGCGACAGCGCUUGCGCUUAUCAAAGGUUCUCUACAGAAAGUGUCCAACUUCCUCUCGGGAACGACACUUGAUAACACACCACGCUUGUACUGCAACGACAACUGGCUCAAGAAGCGUGCACGGACAGACAUUGCCCGGGACAUAGAAGGCAACGACAUCUGGACAAUGGACGACAAUGGGCAACAGCAUCUCCUCGCGAUCGAAAACUGCGAUCAGUACAGGCACCUUUUCUGGGACUAUGACGAGGACCAGAUGAUUUGGAUCAAGAACGAGCGAAUCCCUUACUGGUCCGCCGACCUGGGCCAGUACCUCGUAGACGAUGACUAUGAUGGGCAAACCUUCUGCACCGUGGCGCGCGGUGCCAACAUGGGCACCACGCAGCAUAUGACCACGCCGCCCACGAUCACCUUGUGUCAAGGGUCCUUUAGCGAGCCGGGAUAUAGCGUGAAGCUUGGGUCCAAGAGUCCUCUUGUCGGGCAGAGGGGAGGGAGGAAACUGACGGACGUCCUUCCGCGCAGCGCAACGCUCUACCAUGAAUUGUUUCACCUGGUUCUGGGCAAUGAUCCCACCCCUGACGUUACGUACCUUUGGGUCCGUCAGCAACUACUGCUUGAGAACCCCGACGAAAUCAUAACUGAAGCCUACAAGGAUAAGUACGAUGAAAUCGAAAUUUUGCCAACCAGUAUAUAUGGGAUGACCAGGGCGGAUGCCAUUCGGCACAACCCCGAGUCAUACGUGUUCUUCAGUGUGGGAUAUUGGUAUUUCAUGCAGACCACGUGGUCGAAUGGAGACAAUUCACAACGGUGGAGCUUUCACUCUGGGGUGUCGCAGAUGGUGCAGAUCCCCUGA